AUGGCAUUGCUCUGCACACCCAGCAAGCUCCGGCACAGCAUGCUUCUCGUCGGCGUUGCGCUGAUGCUAGGGAUGCACCUGAGCGCGGCGAGCCUGGACGACGACAUCGAGAUCAGAUGGGGCGCAAGCCACACCUACUUCUUCAUGGACGGCGACACCGAGUCGCUGGCGCUGUCCCUGGACGACGAGCAGGGCGGCUCUUGCUUCCGGUCAAAGGAGAUGUUCCUCUACGGCACCAUCAGCUUGGAUAUCAAGCUCGUCGAGGGCAACUCCGCCGGCGUGGUCGCCACCGCCUACACGAUCUCCGAAGGCCCGUGGUCGUAUCACGACGAGAUCGACCUGGAGUUCCUCGGCAACCUCACCGGCGAGCCAAUCACGCUCCACACCAACAUCUUCGUCAACGGCGUCGGCGGCCGGGAGCAGCAGUUCUAUCUCCCGUUCGACCCCACCGCCGACUACCACACCUACACCAUCGAGUGGAACCCCAAGUACAUCCUGAUUAGAGUGGACGGGAAGGCGAUCCGCGCGUUCAAGAACUACGAGCAGUACGGCGUUCCCUUCCCGACGUGGCAGCAGCAGCGGCUGUACGGCAGCCUGUGGGACGCGGACGAGUGGGCGACGCAGGGCGGGCGCAUCAAGACCGACUGGUCGGAGGCGCCCUUCGUCGCCUACUACCGCAACUACAACUUCACCUGGUGCCAGCCGUCGCCCGGCGUGUCGUGGUGCGGCGCCGAGCCCAAGGACUCCAAGCGCUUCGACCUGGACCAGAAGACGCUGGGCGAGCUGUGGUGGGCGAGCCAGCAGUACAGGAUCUACGACUACUGCUCCGACCACAAGAGGUUCAACGAGUCCGACUUCCCCAAGGAAUGCUCGCUGCAACGACAAGGACUGUGA